AUGGUAGAGGAUAGAAAAGUUGGGGUGGGAAUAGAUUUUUCUAAAAACAGCAAAAAUGCUUUGAAAUGGGCCAUUGUAAAUAUGGCAGAUAAAGGUGAUACUUUUUAUCUCAUUCACAUCAACUCCAAUUCUUCUGAUGAGUCUCGUAGUAAGCUGUUUGCAAAAACUGGUUCACCACUUAUUCCAUUGGAAGAGUUGAAAGAGGCUGGAGUUAUGAAACAAUAUGGUGUGCAAACUGAUGUUGAGGUUAUUGAUCUGCUUGAGAUUGCUGCCACACAGAAAGAGGUGAGCGUUGUUGCAAAAUUGUAUUGGGGUGAUGCAAGGCAGAAACUUAUGGACUCUAUUGAAGAUCUAAAGCUAGAUGCUCUUGUUUUGGGGAGCAGAGGCCUUAGCACAAUCAAAAGGAUAUUGCUGGGAAGUGUAAGCAACUUUGUGAUGGUUCAUUCCCCAUGCCCAGUGACUAUUGUGAAGGAUUAUUCAAGCAGCAGCAGCGACUAG